GCAACGUUCUAAUUCGGAGCGCGGGCGACGCCGACGUUCCUUCUGCCGCAGCUCGCGUCCCGCUCCCCCAGACCAGGCCGGGCUCAGCCAUGGCGGUGCAAGUCCAUGUGGUUUACUGUGGUGCCUGAGGCUACAAGCCCAAGUUUCUGUUGCUGAAGAAGAAGCUAGAGGAUGAGUUCCCGGGCCUCCUGAGCAUCAAUGGCGAAGGCACCCGGGGAGUCACCGGCUUCUUUGAAGUAACAGUUGCUGGGAAACUUGUCCAUUCCAAGAAGGCUGGACAUGGCUUUGUGGACUCCUCAGAGAAAUACCUGCAGAUUGUAGCAGAGAUCAAGGCGGUCCUGGGUUAGCCGGGCCUGAAGGCAGAGCUCAGGGGCCUUGUCCCCAUCCCUGCCCAGCGAUGCUUCAUGACGGGAAGGACUGAAAUGUCCCCUGGAUGCCUGGUUCUUCCUUGAAAUCCUUGCACCUGUUGGGCCGGGGCUGAGGCCGACGCCCCUGGAUCCUGCCCUGCGUGCAUCCUCCUGCCUGUCCCCUUGCCCAGACUCUCGUUUCUCCUACCAGUUCUGGGAUUGCGGCCUCCUCCUGCACCCCGAAUGCUGUCUCCCUCCAUUAGCCUCUCCUAGGCAGGGGCUUGCCUCUUCCCUGCCCAGGGGCUGCUCAGCUGGCCGGCCCACUGGGUCCCCACCAGCUCUGCUGGAAAGUGAGAGGGCCCAGAGUUGCCCUGUACCUUGGAGAGCGGCCUUUCCCCGACUGAGGAUGGAGGGAGGCUCCCACCUGGGGCCCGGGGGCUCAGAAGGUC